GCCGCUACGCUACAGGGUUUGUUGUAUGACAAAUCGAAUGACGUUUCACUCACGACAUAAUGUUUACACAUGGCUUAGAAACUUAUAGAGUAUUAGCAUAAACACAAGAUAAUUACAUCUUAACGCUCCGAAAGCCAAAAGGACAUGCCGAGUUCGUUUUUGUUUGCAAUUAACAAUGAGGGACGCGUAUUUCGCUUGUCCACAAGUGGUACUACAUGGAGAGAGUUUGUUUACUUGGGACUGGAGUUCAAACAUCUUUCAGCUGUCCCACAUUUCAUGUGGGCUGUUGGAGGCGAUCGUCAGAUUUAUGUUCACGUUCAUGGUUUGGAUAUACCCAUACGAAUUAAAGAAGAAUCAUACCAAAAUGAGAGGUGGCUUCCCGUGGAAGGUUUUACUAGCCGCUUGCUUCCAACAGAUAGAUAUCACUUCUCAAAUCAAGAGGGUUCCGUUGAUAGAAGUUUUGAUAAGAUUAGGUUACCAUCAAUGGCAUGGCAGUGGGAGGGUGACUGGCACAUUGAGACCACACUGGAUGGCCAACCGUUGGAUGAUGAUGGCUGGACAUAUGCAGUUGACUUUCCGGCAAAUUUCCAUGCGAAGAAACAGUGGAAAUCCUGUGUUAGACGUAGAAAAUGGGUGAGGUAUCGACGAUAUAGUGCAAUGAACUCUUGGUGUGCUGUUGCUCCACUGCAUAAAGAUCCCACUCAGGAACCAUUCAUAGAUGUUUCAGUUGGAGGUCAAAAUGUUCCUGGAGCAGCAGCAGGAAAUCUUCUCGUUUGGGCAAUCACAGCACAUGGACGAGUCAUGUUUCGCACCGGUGUGAGCACUACAGCUCCUGAAGGACAACGAUGGACUGCAAUACCUGUUCCCCCAGGAUGUGAAGUGAACCAGAUUAGUGUUGGACCUACCGGCCUUGUAUGGGCAGUCCUUUGGAAUGGGAGAGCUCUUGUAAGAGCUGGUGUCACUAGAGAGAACACUACAGGUGAAUUCUGGAUUGAAGUGGCUCCACCAGAGGAAGGGAAACUUUCUCAAGUGUCUGUUGGCACAAGUGCUGUUUGGGCUGUAACAAGAGAUCAUCGUGUUUGGUUUCGCAAAGGCAUUAGAGGAGAAAGCUGUGGUGUGAGUGAAGAGGCAGCAACUGGGACUGGUUGGGUUGAGAUGGUUGGCAACAUGGCUCUAGUAUCUGUUGCACCAAAUGACCAGGUAUGGGCGGUAGGAAGUGAAGACAGAACAAUUUAUUUCCGCACUGGAGUGCUACCAUCUGAUCCGACUGGACGAAAAUGGCGUGCUAUACAAGCUCCAAUGCAGAUGAGUCGAACAAGCAGCAAUGCUAGCCUUUGGUCAGGUGCAGGAUCAAGCCAUCGAAACAGUGUGUGUGGCAGUGUUACUGGAGGAGGAGGUGCCAAACAGCGUGUCCGCAGUUGGACUUCUCUUGCUCAACGUCACAGCAGUUCUGAUACUUGUGGUGUGCUGCGGGAAUGGGAAGAGACAUCACGCUCUGCACCUACUCCCACAUCACUUAGGUUGCAGCAACAACAACGCAGCUCAAAUGGUGCCCCUUCUACAGCAACCACGUCCCAGGAUUCUAUUAGUGAAGCUAGCAAUCUCAGUACUUCCGUCAGGGAACAGACAAGAGGACUGCGAUCAAUUGUGGGAAAGAUGCUGCAUAAUCAGAGUUCUCGCACCAUCUCACCAGAAAGGCUAGCAGUUUUCACCAAUUUUGCGAGCCAGUGGAAGUGGUGGACUCGUAGCUCACAGAUCAGGUCUGAAGAUGACUCAAAUUCUGCUGAUGGCAACAGUGGAAGCUUCAACACAAUUGCAGCAAUCAAAGAACAUACUGAAAAUUCUCCAAGUAGAUUACGUGUGGCGGGAAAAAGUGCUGGUGAUGUAAAGUCAAAUCCUGGAGUUUGGAGUCCUAUUAGAAGUGUAGGUUCUGUGGUUGGAAUGGAAGCACAUCCAGAGUCAGACGGAAGUGUCUUUGAUCCUGACUUAUCUGCUGAUUCUGGAGUGUAUGGUGAUGAUGAUGCAGGUGAAAUGUACUGGUCAGAAUGUGAUGUAGUGUGGUGUAUGGUCGCUGCUGGUGCAUGCACAGUGGAUCCUCAGUGUUUACCAAACUGGUUUGUGGAAAACUUAUCAACAGCUGAUCUUGAACUCUCAAAACCUUGGAGAGUUAGAAUACUACAGGAGCUGAAAAAGAGGGUACCAGAAGAAUUCAACAAAUAUGAAAAAGCUGUAGACAUAUCAUCUUGGGUGAAAACUGGAGAUGCCAGAUGCAUGUUGAAGGAGACAAACUACCAACUUGAAGACUGUGUAUUAGAACUGGAAUGGAUUGGUGGAGAUUUGGGAACAUUGGAGUCUGGAACAUUCACCAUAAUGUCUCCUGAGAAGAAUCAAACAAAGAUUCAGUUCAGCUUAUCAGAGAUAACAUGCAUAGCAUGCUGCAGUGAGCCUGCUCAACCACGAAUAGUGAUACACACUCCUGGUUUAACCAAAAGCUUAGCCGUUGUCAAACUGCAGUUCUGUGGUGAUACCGACAUGGAGGACUGGAUGGCAAAUCUAACAUAUGUGUGCUGUCAAGCAAAUGGAGUCCAUGGUGCACCAAGUCCAGGGUCAAUAUGGGCAAUAACAGGGCUUGGUGAUAUAUUUGUUUUUGAUCCAAUUAAUUUAGAGGCAGCCCAGCAAAAGGAUGAUUUCUAUGUGCAAGAAAUCGAUAUUACUGGACGAGGUUUGCCAUAUGAAGCACAGCUACACAAUGGUUUUUGCCCAGGUUCAGAACUCAUUGUGACAGGAUGUGUGCAUGACAAAGCAGACAGGUUUGCUGUUAAUUUGCAGUAUUUGUCAUUAGCUGUGCGUCACAAAGCAGAUCUAGAGGCCAAGGACAUUGCAUUCCAUUUCAAUCCUCGUUUCUCACCAGAUGUAGUUGUGAGAAAUUCAUACUUGGCUGGUUCAUGGGGAGAAGAGGAAAGAGAAGGAGCAAAUCCCUUUAGACAAGGAGCAGAAUUUACCAUUACAAUAAUUUGUUGUGAAGAUGAGUACAAGGUUCAUGUAAAUGGGCAACAUUAUGUCACAUAUACUCAUCGGCAAAAACCACAUUUCAUCACCCACCUUUACAUACAUGGUGAUGUCUCACUAACUAAAUUUGUAUACAAAUCCAAAAAGGUGAUUAUAGAUCCAUUGGAGAUGUACUGGAGGCAGAUGGGUGGUCAUCUGCGUCGUGUUGAAACAUGUGCCGCUGGGGUAACGUGGGGUGUUGGCUACGACAAUACAGCAUGGGUCUACACUGGUGGCUGGGGAGGAUCUUUCCUGAAAGGUCUGGAAACAAGCAGUUCAGGUAUCAAUCCUAUGGCAGAUACUCACUGCUUCUAUGUUUAUGAAAACCAACGCUGGAACCCUCUCACUGGAUACACUUCUCAUGGGCUACCAACUGACCGAUAUAUGUGGAGUGAUAGCACAGGAAAACAUAAGCGAACAAGAGAGAAGACAAAAUUGCUGUCCAUGCAUUGGCAAUGGGUUUCAGAGUGGAGUAUUGACUACCACACUCCCGGAGGAGUAGAUAAGGAAGGGUGGCAGUAUGCUGUUGACUUUCCUUCUACCUACCAUGGUCAGAAACAUUUCACGGACUAUGUACGUCGGCGUAGGUGGGUGAGGAAAUGUCGACUCUCAACAAGUGGUCCUUGGCAAGAGCUAGGAAAUACAAAACUUGUUGAUAUCUCACUGCAGGACAGUGGAAAAAUUGGUAGUGACCAUUUGAUUCAUGUUUGGGCUGUUGCUGCAAAUGGUGAUGCCGUCUACAGGAGAGGUGUGUCUCAGACCUCUCCAUCUGGCACUUCUUGGGAGCAUGUACCAAGUGAUUAUCCUCUGGCUAGUAUCAGUUGUGGUCCUAGAGGCCAAGUUUGGGCAGUUGGAAGGAAUGGCUCUGCAUACUGGCGUUUUGGGAUCACUGACAGUAAUCCUACAGGUGCAGUGUGGGAAAGUGUGGAGCCUCCAGCUGGCAAAGUCUUGAAACAAAUAUCUGUUGGCUCUUAUGCUGUAUGGGCUCUUGAUUCUCAAGGGCAGUUGUCUUUAAGACGUGAAGUCACUCCUGUGUUCCCUGAAGGAACACAUUGGCAGACUCUGCCAACAUCUGCAAAUGAUGCAGCUACUCAGGACAGAAUAGCCUCUGGAAGUACAAGUAGUGCAUCAACAUCGGGUUUCCGCCAUGUGUCAGCUGGAAGGGCAGAUGGUGAAGUGUGGGCCAUAACAGCUUCAGGAGUUGUAUCACGCAGAUAUGGUGUUACUCCAGAAAACCCUGCAGGAACUGGAUGGGUGCAUGGCAUUGUGGGAAACUGGCAGCAUGUCAGUGCCCGUGGUCUUAAUGCCGCAUCAUUAAUGGACAAAUAAAAAUAAAAUUUGUUAGUGGAGGAGAGGUUCACGAAGAUACUUGAGUCGGGAAGGUCUUUGCACAUAAUAGAACUUUUAUAGGUGCAUAGUGUUUGCUUAUUUUACUAAUUCAGGAAAUUUUAUCUUAUUUGUAGUUUUAUAGUUAAAAAUGGGCUUGCAAAUUUAGACUUGCAGAGUUUUCAUUGCACAAACAGGAAGAGUGUGAAUAUUGGUAGAUAAGUUUAUUGAUUUAGCAGCAGCGAAGAAAAUUAUGGAAUGACGUGAAAUGAAAAGUGAAAAAUGCUCUAUUAUUCAUAAUUUUGUUUUAUUUUACUUAUGCGUGCACAGGACGCUUGUUAAUUGUAAGUUUAAAACUGUUGAUUUGGUGAUAGUUGUCUGUUAUGGUAGACAAUGUUUUUUUUGGUGAACUGAACUGGAGUGGUGAAAGGAAAGAAAAGGGGAGAAAAUGCAAAAAUGGAAUCUAGUGUAAAUGUUCAGUCAGCAGGAAACAAAGGGUAGAGAUCAGAAGACUUCAAAAGAAGAAAAGUAGGAUUUAAAAUAAAAAUUGUAUGAGAAGUUGGUAGCAUAUUAAUAAAUUCCUUUUUCAGUGCUGGUAGUUGAUAUUUUUAUCAUAAAAGAGGUGCAAAGCUAAGUAUUAUGAUCAUCAUCUUGUGAUCUCCCAUGACUGUCUAUUUGCCAGUGGUGCAUUCUAAGCCACAUACUAUUUUUAUUGUGCUGCUGUUAUGCAGUAUCUUUUCAAAUUACAAAUGUGAUAUUAAUAAACCAUUAUUUAUGGGCUUCAUUGCCCCUCCUAUCAGUUAUUAUGUUAUUGUAUUAUUUAUGUAAAUAUAAGAGGUUUAAAGUAUAUUCAGUGAGGAUCUCAGUGCAGCACUGAGGAUUUGUUGAAAGGCCAUGAUGCAAUUCACAACAUUGAUAAAUAUACUGUAGUAAAAGUGCAAGAGAACUGCCACAGAUGUAUUAUAGGACUGCUAUUUCAUGUACAUAAAUUCUCAGAUUCCAUCAAAAUGGCCACUUGUUCCUUUUUAGUAUGCAUGUUGACAUAAAUUUUUAUUUUUACUUAGCAUUUUGUUUAUAGUAUUUAAUUUUAAAAUUUUUUGUGUUAUUGGGGUUCCUGUAAUGCUUGUUAUGUUGAGUGCUUGAAUAUCAUGCUUAUUAAAAAAAAGACUUAGUGAUUAUAGUGAGGGAGCUAUUAAGUUUGCUGAUGAAUGAAAUUAAUGUGACCAUGUUAACACAAUUUUGUCUCUGUCAUUGUGUUGGAUAUUGUUUGUACAAUUAAUCUAAUUACUUUUUUCUUUCUGUGUGUUAUAGACUGAAAUAACAAUGAACUAAAUUUCCUGCUCUGUUUUUGUUUGAGAAUUUGUGAAUGGUUUGCAAUUUUAUGUGGCAGUGCAAGCAAUUUUUAUGAAAAUUUGAUGUUUUUCUAUAGCAGCCAGAAACAUUGUCUGAAUUGUUAGUGUGUCACUGCUAAGGAAAAUUAGGUUUUUGUUUAAAAUACAGCCUGAAGAAUAUAUGAAGUACACUGAACAUCUCCAUCAUGUACAAAUGUCCACAGCAUAUAUUUAUAAGCUCAUCUAGAACUACACAGUAGUUCCUAAUAUAAAUGUUUUAUAUGAUGUUUUCAUGUGACUGUGAGUAGCUUUUUAUACUGAAACAUUGACCCAGAACAUCACCAUACAUUGAAAGGACUGCAUUUAAAGCAGUUAUUUGUUGGUCUUAGGAAUUUAUAGCUGCAGUGCAUAGCAAGUUCUGAUUUCCUAUAAUGGAACUGUGAUAAUAUUUUUGUACUUGUGUUUAAUGUGUUUUGUGGCCCCUUGUGUUGUAACUUGAAAGCAUGAUAUAAUAAUGCAUGAACAUGUAUAUCAUAUGUAAAUUGUGUGUGUUACUAAUUUAUUUCUAGUCAUACCUGUGAUAGUUCGUUUUACACCACAUGAUGGUGGGACUCAAUAUGAAAAAUAACAAUGUAAUUUGAAAAGGCUCUAAUUCUCCCUUUAUUGUGAUACUUGAAAGGAAUUAUCUGCUUCAAACUAUUAUACAGAAAUUAUUUGCAUUAUAUUAAACAUCUCAAUAAUAGUCCUUUGUACUGUAGUGGCACAGGUCAAGUGCAUAGAUUUCAUGAUUAUUGCAGUUUCUUUUGACACUUUUUUUGUAAAAAUCUUAGUACAUUCCAGAAAACAAAAAAUCUUACUUUGUGUCAAAAUUUAUUUUAUGUACAUUUUAAUAAUUUUUAACUGGUACAUUGCAUACAGGAUGACUACCAUGCUAAGCCAACUGUUAAUUUUCGAAUUAUAAGUUGCAGAUAUGUAGCUUUUUAUUUGAAGUUUUAAUCUUUUGUUGUACAGUUAUUCAUAAAAGGGUUACAUUUAGUAUGAGGAGAUAUUUGUCAGCACUAAAACUUUCAUUUUCAAGUAUGUAAACAGAAUGUUUUGUAGUAAAUUUUUCAGAAUAUUUGUCGCAUUAACGUCAGAGAUAUUAAAGAAAAAAGUCUUGCCCAGAAAACACACAUAACUAUGUGAAUAGGCUACUUUGCUUGCAGGAUGUUAUCCACAGCCUGAAAUAGUUAAAUUUUAAGUGUAAGAUACAACUUUAGAAACAUUUGUAUUUAAUGGGAUUCUACAUUUGGUACUUGCAAUUGUAGAAUCUUCUCAGCCACAAAAGAGAGAUUCAGCCAUUUGUGUUCUAGUAGUUUAAAUUAAUUUAUUUGAAGUGCCUGAGCUGUUAACUUCAUAGACAUUUUAUGAGAAUAUUUUGGUACUAAUUAAUUCAAAUAGUUAAUACUGUGCACUUAUUUACAACUGAACAUAAACAGUAUUUAACACUUCAAAAUUCUGUGAGGACUGUUAGAUGUACUGAGCACUAUGGAACUUCUUGCACAUUCCAUAAGCCACAGGAAACUACAGUGGUAUGCUUAACUUAUUUUGUCUGCACAAAUAAAAACUUCAUCAUUGAGUAUAAUUGUGGUUACUGAAGGGAGAAUUCAUUUACCAAUUGUACCUUAAAUACUAUGCAAGAUGUGCUAUGUUCUUAAGUAAAUAAAUUAUACUUUUAAUU